CGAGAAGCCUUACCCUCUGUUAUAGCUGUGCUUCUCCUCAUUUUCGCAGUCGCUGCAGUGUCCGUGUCCAUUUUCAUCCUCCUCCAGCCGAUCAUCCGCUGCUGUCUCACUCUGGUCCGCCAUCUUUAAUCCGAAGCCGGCUGGAUGAACUCCUCUCUCCCCACCGCAAGAUGGCGCCUGCUUAGACUCAAAUGAAUGGAGUUUUUGCAGCUGCAUUCGUUUCUCCUCGGAAAGGUUCGGCCAUUUCCUUCGCUUCCUCUGUGCAUUCGUAAGAGCUCGGCCUUCUCCGCCGACGUUCGGCGGUUUACGCUCCUAUUCGGCAAUCUCCGGCGGCCACCCCGGUAACGGUCGCUGUGAGUUUAAAUGAGCCAGAGCCGCCUUUCUGACGUCUUGAGAGUCGCUGGGGAGAGCGGUCCCUAGAGCGGGAGAGAGACUUAUACUGGAGGCCGCCAGGAAGGCCGGAGGAUGACAGUACUGCAGGAACCCGUCCAGGCUGCUAUAUGGCAAGCACUGAAUCACUACGCAUACAGAGAUGCAGUAUUCUUGGCAGAAAGACUCUACGCAGAAGUGCAUUCGGAAGAGGCUUUAUUUCUGCUAGCCACCUGCUAUUACCGCUCAGGAAAAGCUUACAAGGCAUAUCGUCUCCUGAAAGCCCACAGUUGUACCACUCCACAAUGUAAAUAUCUUCUUGCUAAGUGCUGCGUUGACCUCGGCAAGCUAGCUGAGGGAGAGCAGAUCUUGUCGGGUGGAGUGCUCAAUAAACAGAAGAGUCAAGAGGAGAUUGUUACAGAGUUUGGAGACUCCGCCUGCUUUACGUUGUCCUUGCUUGGCCAUGUAUAUUGCAAAACAGAUCGAUUGGCCAAAGGAGCAGAAUGUUACCAAAAGAGCCUUAGUUUAAAUCCUUUCCUGUGGUCCCCAUUUGAGUCUCUGUGUGAAAUAGGUGAAAAGCCAGACCCCGAGCAGACGUUCAAACUGACCUCUCUCCAGAGCUUCAGCAACUGCGUGCCCAACACUUGCACAAUGACAGUCAACACACACAGCGUCGUACAACAUCGGCAGCCUGAUACAGUGUUAAUGGAGACACCGCAAGACACUAUAGAGCUUAACAGACUGAACCUGGAGUCAUCCAACAUAAAAUAUCCCUUGAACAGCGAUUCCUCAAUAUCCUACAUCGAUCCUGGUGUUAUUUCCCCCGAUUCCUUGCCCCUUGGUACUGGAAACGCCAUUCUGUCCAAACAGGUCCAAAAUAAACCAAAGACUGGCCGCAGCCUAUUGGGAGGACCAGCAGCACUGAGCCCACUCACUCCAAGUUUUGGAAUUCUGCCUCUAGAAACCCCCAGCCCAGGAGAUGGGUCAUAUUUACAAAGCUACAACUCCUCCUGUGUCCUUGAUGUGCCGUCAUCUGGUGCCCCAACAAAAAAGUCUGUUGCUAGAAUCAGCCAAGCAGGAACAAAGUCUGUAUUUUCUCAGAGCGGUAACAGCCGGGAUGUCACCCCAGUUCUCCUUGUACAGACUCAGGGCUCUGGUCCGCAAACAAGCACCACUCCUCAGGUACUGAGUCCAACCAUAGCCGCUCCACCUAAUGCACUGCCGCGCCGUAGUUCUCGGCUUUUUACCAGUGACAGCUCCACCACCAAGGAAAACAGCAAAAAGCUAAAAAUGAAGUUUCCACCGAAAAUGCCAAAUCGAAAGACCAAAAGUAAAACGAGUAAAGGCGGCGGGACCCAGACCAACCUGAAUGACAGCCUGGAGAUUAGUAAAUUGGAUUCUUCCAUUAUCUCUGAGGGCAAAAUCUCCAGCGUGGCCCCCCAAAUCCAGGCACUUACAAUACAGAAGGCAGCGGCAGAAGGUUUGAUGAGUCUCCUAAGGGACAUGGGGAAGGGCUACGUGGCCUUGUGCUCUUACAACUGCAAGGAGGCUAUAAAUAUACUGAGCCAUCUCCCGUCUCAUCACUACAACACCGGCUGGGUCUUGUGCCAGAUUGGCCGUGCCUAUUUUGAGCUUGCGGAAUACCUUCAGGCUGAAAGAGUGUUCUCUGAGGUGCGGCGAAUUGAGAGCUAUCGAGUAGAAGGCAUGGAGAUCUACUCAACUACUUUGUGGCAUUUGCAGAAGGACGUGGCCUUGUCUGUGCUUUCCAAGGACCUGACCGACAUGGACAAGAACUCUCCAGAGGCUUGGUGCGCCGCUGGAAACUGCUUUAGUUUACAAAGGGAACAUGACAUUGCAAUCAAGUUCUUCCAGAGGGCCAUUCAGGUGGAUCCAGGUUAUGCCUACGCUUUUACUCUACUCGGACACGAGUUUGUCCUGACAGAGGAGCUGGACAAAGCUUUGGCGUGUUUCAGAAAUUCCAUACGAGUCAACUCCAGACACUACAAUGCCUGGUACGGACUUGGAAUGAUUUACUACAAGCAAGAGAAGUUCAGCUUGGCAGAAAUGCAUUUUCAGAAAGCACUGGAUAUUAACCCCCAGAGUUCUGUGUUGCUGUGUCAUAUUGGAGUGGUGCAGCAUGCCCUCAAGAAGUCUGACAAGGCUUUGGACACACUUAACAAAGCCAUCUCCAUAGACCCCAAAAACCCUCUAUGCAAGUUCCAUCGAGCCUCCAUUCUCUUUGCCAAUGAGAAGUACAAGUUGGCACUGCAAGAAUUGGAGGAGCUGAAGCAGAUUGUACCUAAGGAAUCCUUGGUGUACUUUUUAAUAGGAAAGGUAUACAAGAAGUUAGGACAGACACAUUUGGCGCUUAUGAAUUUUUCCUGGGCCAUGGACCUGGACCCCAAAGGUGCUAACAACCAGAUCAAAGAGGCCAUCGACAAACGGUACCUGCCAGAUGAUGAGGAGGCCGUGACCCAAGAGGAGCAGAUCAGCGAGUGUUACCCUUAUGAAUCAGUGGCCACUGAUGAAUCGCAGGAGAGCAGUAUGACAGACGCAGACGACACACAGUUGCACGCUGCUGAAAGUGACGAAUUUUAACCCCUUCUUCCUGCAGAACUUAUGGCACUGGGGGUGUUUGACUGUUAUUUUUAAUUCACACCACCCUGGCCUAACACCCUUGCCUUCUCAGACACCUCUCACAGGCCAUUUUGUAUCAUCAUCAUCAUCGCCUCUUCUGCCAUCAUUAUUGGACUUUUAUUAUUUGUUUUCCUCUUCCCAUCCUUCUGAUUUUAACGCCCUGCAGAGAAUUAAAGACUGUGCAAUAUGGGGUCGUGUUCGGCUUCCUUGCUCUCUCUCUCUCGGCCAUCAAGGUGCAAGGGAGGGGGUUUGGGUUGGCUCUUUUCAGUUCUAGGAAACAAUACUCUGGGCCUGCAAGGUGUUAUUGCAAGUGUGAUGUAACAUGGACACUUCUGCCUGAUUCUGUAGAGGCCUUCAUUGAAGACGUUGCUGAUUCAACACCCCACAACAUGACCUAUACUGCUGGUUUAUGGCUGGAUGAGUAUCUUCUCAAUUGUGCCGCCACUAUGGGGCAGCAGCUCUCUUUUCAGCCUCCGUGUCCCCUUUAAAAGGCACAAUUCUCCCUUCUUGUCAUUCUGGGAGUAGUAGAAUGUCUGCCUGCAGUUCUGGUGGCUUCCCCAUGCAUCCUAGUAGGAUGGACAUUGAAGGUCGUGAGAUCUGUGCUUGGAUAACAUUUAUUCAGCACUUAAUUCUAAGUAUGGGCCAUUGUGACUGAGCUGCUAUGUUCCCAGGAUGUGAUGAGGACAAGCCAUAAUCUGUCAUUGGCCCCCCGAAUAAUUCCCCCUCCUUUUGCUUCCAGAGCAGCAGAUUGUGCAGAGCUCUGCAUGCUAUGGAGUCAAGUGCUGCUUGCUAUUCAGUCAAAGCGUAAGUAUAUUUAUGGACUGUAAUCUUUUCUCUGCAAGUGAGGGCAAUGGAUGUCUGUAACUGACCCUUUGGCUGGGACAGGAGGGUAAGAAGAUUUACUGUGAGUGUAUAAUUUGAUUGGAAGAUAUCCUACCCCUCUCUAUUUUAGUAUCCCCGAAAACCUUUUCCUAUACUGACUCUUCUUUUUCAACUGCAUUUUUGUUCAUUCUACCUCCCUAUAACUGGGGAUGAACCGAAUCCGGGAUUCGGCCUUUUUCAGCAGGAUUCAGCGAAUCCUAAUUUGCAUAUGCAAAUUAGGGGUGGGAAGGGAAAUCACGUGACUUUUUGUCACAAAACAAGGAAGUUGGGAUGCGCCGAAUCCAGGAUUCGGCCAAAUCCUUCUGCCUGACCGAACCGAAUCCGAACCCUCAUUUGCAUAUGUAAAUUACGGAGGGAAAUCGCAUCACUUUUUGUCACAAAACAAGGAAGUAAAAAAUGUUUCCCUUUCCCACCCCUAAUUUGCGUAUGCAAAUCAGGAUUCGGUUCAGUAAUGGGUCGAAUCUUUCGCGAAUGAUUUGUGGGUUCCUCCAAAUCCAAAAAUAGUGGAUUCGGUGCAUCCCUACAAGGAAGUAAAAAUGUUUUCCCCUUCCCACCCCUAAAUUGCAUAUGCAGAUUUGGUUCGGUAUUCAACCGAUUCUUUCACAAAGGAUGUUCGGCCGAAUCCAAAAUAGUGGAUUCGGUGCAUCCCUACCUAUAAUGCAGUAACACAACCAAAGUAGCAGUUGCUACCGAAACCCCCAAAUGGUUUAAGGUUUCAGGCAGUUUGCGAGGAUACUGUGUUAUCACUCAAUCUCUGCUCAGGUCCCCCACCCAAGCCUUUCCAGGUAUUAAUCGGCGAAUGUCUGGUCCUAUGAUAAAGAAAUGGGGGGAAAUAUGGAUUCCCCAAACACAUCGCAGGGAUGAGAAACCCCUUCCUCUACCUUCUCUCCAUCAUAGCCAAAUGAAGGACUCUGCUGAAUGGCUCUGGCCCCCUCUCUGACAAGAAGGGGUUCCUGUAACGUGUGGCCCGUGAUUUUUUGUCUUUUUAUUAUUUUUUUAUUUAGGGAAGUGUACAGUGUUUCAUUAUAUUGGAUGGGAGGCUCCUGUUUAAUAUAUUUUGCGAAUCAUUUAAGGAUGUAAAAAAAAAUCCAAAUAAAAACUUGUUUUAAAAAUG